AUGGAAGUUCAUCUGCAAUCGUCUCGUGGUAGAUCUAGGACCAGACAAAAACACUUUGCUUCGAAACGCUCGACGGGUGCUCGGCAUGAAGAUGAGCAAAUUUCUUGGAUAGCAGAUGAUAUCUGCACUCGUUGUGGUGCUGCUGCCCCCCAUGGCAAGCUUUACUGCUCCAUCAAAUGCCGGAACGCCGACAUUGCGUCAGAGUCCUCCAUAAAAAAGGUCGAAGAGGAUGACACUGUACUGCAUGAUUCACUCAAUCAGUUACGCUAUCCAAUGACUCUAUCGCCACAUCUGACGCCAUUUUCGUUAAAACCUACCACAUCAUUAAGGAAAUCAAGCGCUCCAAAGCAUGGACGCAAUGGUACUUCAACAUGUUCGUUGGCAUGCGACGGUGAUUCUCAGGGCGUAUGUCGAGCUCAUGCUCGAAAAGCAUCUCAAUCUACUGACUCUGAUGUAUCAGAUCUUAUCGAUACUGAUUUAACGACGCCCUCGCCUUGGCGCAUUGGAAUUGAUGCGCCAGAUGAUUCAGAUGGCAUAUCUGACCUUGACGAUGCGGAGCUUAGGCUCCCACCAUCUGUUCUUGGUUCUGAACCAGCGUCAAUGCCAGUCACAUCAGGUGCCAUACCCUUGAGUAUUCAGUCUGGCACACGUACGCCGAGGCCCCAUAAGUCUUGUACCUCACCAGCGCUUUUGCCUCAACUUACUGCACCCUCCCAACAUGUCCAGUCACCCAUCCUUUUUCAUCGUAUGCCUAGCUCCACGAAUUUGCCGUCUUCUAUGGGAUUUAUCUCCAAAAUAUAUCCAUCACACAGCCUCAGACACUCUCACAUUGGGAACUUUGAAAGCAACAGUUCUGGACAAUGCACCCCACAAUUUCGACGCAGCCCGCCUCGACGUGUCUCGCCUGAGCGCGAGCAGGGCGACGUGUUCCAUCCCAACACGCUGUCCAAGGCUUCUACGAUCCAGCCCACAUACCCUCAAGAGGCCAGCAUUAUAAAAUCUUCUCCUGAGACUGUGUACCCCACGAGCCAAGGAACUGUGCUCAAUAGUAGAGACAUCAAUUCUGCAUCGCAGCAUUGUGCAGGCCGCACCUCACCGGGCGUGGACGCCAUGCACAAGGAUGAUAACGAGGAGCCCCAGCGUGGUCGGUCACGUACACGUCAUGGGCACUCUUGUUGUACGGGUCGUCGAAGGUCUCUUUGGGCAACUUGUCAUGCAUGCUCGCUUCCAACGACGAGUCUCCCUUCACAUCAAGUGCUUGGAAAUGCACUACUUUGCCCUAGCUUGUCGUCUCACAACGAGGAAAAUACCAAAUCACCAGUUUUUUAA